AGUAUAUUUCAUAUAUGUUUGAGCAUCAAGUUCCAGUGAACAAUAGUUGCUGCCAGUGUCAUGCGUACCUAGAGAUGUCAACAGACACACGUGAUCUCGUGUUGGUUAGAACGCCUCAGGGACCCUUGUUUGCAUCCUGUGGGGCUGAGCUGAGCAGCCUGACGCUCCCCUUCUACUCAUACUGCCGUGUUCCCAUCUUUCAGACUUCAUUCCACUGAAAUUUCUUCCAACACUCUGGCGAUGUAGAGCUGAGACGUACUUACUCGUUCUACAUACCUCCGUCUGAAUCUUCAACCUCUUCCGAAGCCUGGUCUCCACCUCGCCUCAUGUUAGUCACUAGCCGUAGCUGCAAGCCAUACAAGCUUUCUAGGCAGAUCUGAGGCUGUCGAUAUGGAGCCACUUGCUGCCAUAGGGGCAGUAGCUUCUAUUUGCCAACUAGCCAAUGCUGCCUUAUCGCUUUCAAAAAUACUUUACUCUCUGGGCUCAGCUAUUGGCUCUGCAUCAGAAGAUGUCCAAAUUCUGGCUGCGGACCUCAAAACGUUCUCUCAGUCCUUGACGCUCCUUUCACGGCUACUAGAGGAUAGCAAGUCCUGGUAUUCCGACGAUAUAUACCUUCUGACAGCCAAAAUCAUCAAAGAUUGCGCCGAAUUAUAUGUCAAGAUCGAGAAGAUUCUGGUCAAGUUGGGAGCCAAUGGCAAGAGUAACUGGAAGUUGCGAGUCAAGUUUGUCUACAAAGAAAGCGAGAUCAAGAAGUUGCUCAAGAGGCUGCGGGAUAUGAAAGGCACUUUAGCGACUAUUCUGAUGAGUCUUCAAGUUGAUCUCCAGCUGUCAUUACUAAAUCUGUCGAGCUCUAGCAGCCUAAGCUCAGGCGAAGGCCGAGAUGUCCCAGACAUCUCGCUGCAGCCUGAAACUCUUCAGACUCUGAAAGAUGCACAGAAAGCUGUUGAGUCGGGAGGCUUCAUGACGAAGUACACUGUAGAAACCAAGCAAGUUGUUGAGCUCUCAGAAAAAGAAGUGCGUGUUUCCACCACUCACCACGAAGAGGUCAAACAACAUCCAAGAGCGACAGCAGGGUUCCUUUCAAGGUCUGCUGCUUCAGAAAACCGUACUCCAAUCGCUCAGACCGAUAUUAGUUCGGAAUAUCCUGAUCUCGUCCCGCACCAAGCCACGAAUGCUUCCGUGAUGCCACAGAGCUUCAUGAUGAUCCCGCCAGACUCUACAGAUAUGCAAAAUGUAUUUGCAGUAAAAAACGUCUCGAGAACGAUGGCCAAAGAGAAGAGUUCCCAGAUUAGGGAACGAAAUGCUACAGACCCAGUCCAGGCCGCACAAGUUAUACGGUCUCCUGUCGACACUGACAAGAGAAGCGUCAAAUCAUCUUCUUCGGUAGAGAGUUUCAAGAGUGCCAAAUCAAUCCAAGAAGAAGACGUGGAGAAAGCGCGAAAGAUCCAAGCUGUUCAAAGAGUGAUGCACGCGUUUCGGAGUUCUCUUGAGGUUCUGAAUAGCCUUAUCGAAAGACGAAUCGAGGAUAAGAGAUGGGACCUGUAUACCUCAGCAACUCAUCUGAAAGGCUGCUUGGUCGAUGGCCGAGAACACAUCGAUCGUCGCAACAUCAGUCACUUCAAACAAUAUGGCAAAGACUAUGUGUAUUUAUUCGAAAGAAAACAUUCAACGGAAGUUGAGCGCUUCGGCUCCCUCUUAAUGCAGGAUGUUGGCAUCAAAUUGCACGAAUAUACUUCGGAGUAUGAAGAGCUUGAAAACCAUUGCUUCGAGUUGCUUGCAACUUCCACCGCAAACAUAGAACGUCAGGUUAUUGACUAUCUUGACAUCAUGGCCAACUUGGCAAGCAAGAUUGUACACAACCCUCGUACCACUUUGGGUACCAGCUUCACCGGCUACACAUACUAUAACCGUUCCAGCGACUAUAAACCGCCUCCACCAAAGCCACUACCUCCACCACCAACUCGAUGGCAAUAUACCAGGAUUCUACCCGAACCACAAAUGCAAGAUACCGCCAUUGCUCCCAUGUCCCCAUCUUUUAGUCCGACUUCCCCAUGCUACUCCCCGACUUCUCCUAAAUUCCAUUCAGCUUCUCCAGGGUUUUCCCCAGCAUCUCCAAGCUACAGUUCUGCUUCUCCUGCUAUUCCGCAGUUCGGGUGUGCGUCUGAAGAACUCACCAGUCUCAAACGUGAAUCGCUAGACGGUGGGUCGAUAGCGAAUUAUUACAAUUCACCGGAACUUCCUCCAAUGCUACCACAGACAACCCCAGCAGAAAGUCCUGGUUCAUCGCCACUUCGCUAUUCCAAAAACACCAUUGGAUCAGGAGACACAAAUACCUUCACGAUUCCUUCUGGUGUGAGUAGAGACACCAAGAUUGACAAUCCACCAUCACUGCUUCUGAAGCGUGGUCCACAUCCCAGCGACUACGCUCCUCGCCCUUAUCGUCGCCCGCCACCUUUAGAAGCUGCUGGACCUCACCCUUCCAUCACUCGCCCUCAGAGCUUUCAUCACCAGCCGCCAAUUUUCCCAUCCCUGCAAUGUAACAGCGACCAAACACCUCUGUUAGAUUCGCCCCACAUCAAAACACCAGGUCAGCAUCGGCCACCAAACUCAAGAGAUCUACCACCUAUCUCACUUCCAAUGACCCAGCGGCGUAAUGGCCGAUCUGCCACGAGCAGCACCCCUGCUCGCCCCAUUCCUAGUCUUCGGCAAGAUGCAGCUAGAGCCGGUAACUCUGAUGAUACCCUUUUUGAAAUGGACUUCGCAAAACCAAGCACUAGUGAUACUGGGGAGCUCAUGGAUUUCGAUUUCGAUUCGUUUCUCAGUGAAGAUGCUGAUACGCCUUUCGAUUUUGGAGAGCCCUCGACCUGUUUGCCACCUGGAACUGGCCGCAAAUCUGCUUUUAAAGAGGAAAUAAUGGAAUCUGAUUUGCUGUUGUCGGGUGCCUCGCCAGAUACAUAUUCGUUGUCCACAGUGCACCCAAAGCUCCCGACCCCGACGAAUGUUUGGUGGUCAUCAUUCCGGGGGAAUGCCGGUCAAAGGCCAGACUCGAGACCAGAAGCAGACGGCGUGUCUCAUGGAGAGGAGAACGAAGACGUCGACCUCAGUGUAAAUAGCGUGAACUUUAUCAAACUAUCAGCGGCAAAUGGUCUCAGUGAGUCACAAUUUGGCAGAAAGAGACGGCGUGAAGGAAGUACAGCUGUCCCAAGCCCACCACUUCAACGUCCAGUGGUCUCAUCUCCUAACAAGAACAUACAUAUGAAGGAGCGCUUAGAACAACGCAAUUCAAGCACGGCCAAGCCUCAGUCUCCGCAUCUCAACACCCACAUCAGCCAUGACUUGCCGACUACUCUACCCGAUAUCAAGCGCGGAUCGGAAGAUGCUGCAGCUGAAGAUGGAUCAGCGCAGACAACACAGGAAAAGAGACAGAACGAUAUUCUCGCCAAGAGGGAGAAGCUCCGCCAACUGAGAGUGGCCCGAGAAGCAAGGGACGAGGCAUCGGCAGACAGAAAUACGCUCAUUGACCUCGUAUCUGCACAGAAAGCACCAGCUGGAAAGGGUCCAAAUAGGACUGCCAGUACGGACUCAACUAACAAUUCUGGCCACCGUACUGUGAAUGCGAAUCAUACGCUACAAGAUUACCAAAUGCAACUCAUGCUGCUUGAGCAGCAGAACAAGAAGAGACGGAUGAUGGCCCAACAAGAGAGGGACAACACGAUGCACUUAAGUCGCGGAACUGUGACUGCUUCUACCGACCCGACAUCAUCUUCGGUCUCCACCAUUGAACCUCAAAACCGUUCAAGUGAGUCUUCUCUGCCAAUCAGAGAGAAUGCAAAUGUAUUAGGCUCCGCUUCGGAGCUUUCGCAGUCACCGAGCGUCAUAUCAGCAGAUCGCCUACGUCUCGACUAUCAAGAACAUUUAGCCAAGACUAGGCAGAACCAAGAGCAGCAUACUAAUGAUCGACUCUUGAUGUCUAAAAAUGAAGAAACCGCUGAUGAGGCAGUGACCAUCUUGCUUCAAUUGGACCCGAGUCGCAAGUCCAAGCACCCUGUAAGAACCACAGAAGUAGACAAGAAAGCAUUGCAGGACUAUCAAAUGUCGCUUAUGAAUCUGACUUGCGGUAAUCCGAAGAGGCGUAUGAUGUAUCGUGCAGAUGGAAAGAUUGCUGGGAUCGGAGCAGCACCUGCACAAACUAGUGAUCCUGUCAUUCAAAACGAUAAGCUCGAGAGCUGCGGUACUUGCGGUGGGAUCGCUCAUCACGCAAAGGAUUGCGCCGCGUACCGACGAUCAAAAGCGAUAGCGACAGUUGGAAUAGCAUCAACCGCUGCUGCAGCGCCCCAAGGGCCAGCUCGUUUCGACCACGUCAUGCAUGAUGCUCUGCAGGAUUUUGACUUCGACUCCUUUCUUCACCAUGACGAAAGCUCAAACGCAUUCAACUUCGAUCCUGUCGUUUUAUCAGAUCACAGUCCACCGCAACCGAGUACUGGUACCUCAAACGAGCCACCCGAGCCCGAACCGCCUACUACUGGACCUUCUAUGACGGUGGAUGCUGGGAACAAUGACAACGACGACAAGCCUCUUUUCGUCAACGCGAAACAGUUCCACAGAUUGCUCAAACGCCGGGAGGCGAGACAGAGGCUUGAAGAGCAGAUAGCAUCUCACGCUUCUAGGUCUCACAAUACAGACAAUAACAAACCAUCUAAGGAGUCUCAAGAUACACGUGUUGCUAUUUCCGAUAAGUCGACUCUCGAGAAGGGUCGAAGCACGAAAUCGGAUGAUGGCGCGUUUCUGGCACCGCCAACUCCCCUGGACUCCAAUCCCAACAACGCGGAAGACGUCGAACUGGCAUGGUCGCAUCCAAUGCUGACACCCGCCCAAACCAGUCGUCUUUGGUGGCAAACAUAUAUCUCCUUCACGGCAGUGUCUUCCCGAAAGUCCCCCGUAUUUGCGAAUCUCAGUUCUGCUCUUCAUUCCGAGUUGGGCUUCUCCGCAUUAUCAUAUGCUUCUGAUGAGGAUAUCUGCAAGCGGAUUGUCGACAAUGUGAAACCGCUGUCAAUGGCAGGCUCGACAUUGCACGAAGAUAGACCAGAACUGAGAGAUGUUCUAUUUUUGAGAGGCGACAUAGUGCGCAUGCUUUUGACCGUAGAUGGGCGUCUAAGUCUGGAGACAGCAACGGUGGGCUGGAGCUGUGUUUGUGUGUUUGUGAAAAUUUUCAACAAACUCCUCAACCGUAACUCACCACUCUGUCCCAGCAGCCUCAGCAUCGUCGAAACGUCCUUCUCCCAACUUCAAGAAAUUGUACAUAUCAUUGCGCGCUAUGCAGUAAUGGAGAACCUCUACCAACAAUCCAUCACCAGCGGAACCAGCACCACCCUUUCCCUCAAGCCAGAAUACCAGUCGUCGCUCCUUUCGCUCUGUUCAUCUAUCCUCGAAUGGUUCGCCGCUUCGUACGAUAUUGGCCACACUGUGGUUGAUGUCAGUAAUAGUGGUGUAGCUGGUGCUGUUGCGUCCGCUCUUCUGGAAGAAUUGGAUGAGAAGGUCGUGAAGUGUGGGGAGUUGAUGGGUGUCAUUCGGGAGAAGAAUAAGGGUUGUCAGAUCUUCAGAGUUGAGGUUGAUGUUAAUGAUGACGGUGGGAGUGAGGACGAGGGGGAAAACACGGAUGUGGAGGAUGUGAGUGAUGCGAGUUGGGAGGAGAUUGGCGAGGAUGAUAUCAAGGCAAAUGUUGAUGGUGAAUGACUCAGCGGGAUUGCGGGUAGGCGUUUGAUUUGCAUUGUGGGACUUUGAUAUGAUGGGAUGACUAUUAUUUCGGUGUUUGUAGAUUGCAUUAUUGAUUUCGUUUUGAUCAAUUUAUGGUAUUUCUUCUAUCCUCGUCGGAACCAUCAGCGCACAAACUGAUUUGACUUCCGGGCCGUUCCUUUACUACUUCCUGAAUGUACCAACGCAACAACGAAGGUGUUGAGCUACAUGAGACUUCGUUACGUACGAUAUUAUCUACUUAUUCCUUCCACAUAGCGUGAGUUAGUACGACUUCGAUGUAUCAGAUCAGUUGAAAUCAUUGGGUACUUAGAGCAACCACGGCUGUCACCUCACAUCUUUUCUCGUCUGAAUUCUACACAUCGAUACUGCCAGGUGAAUGUCUGUUGUCUUGUACUCUUUCCAUCACCGCUACUAGCUUGUGCUUGUCAAUGCUCU